AGUACCAGAGUAGGCGUGUAGCGUGGCUCGUUGCACCCGUAGGUGUGCCGAGAGCGUCGUCCGGAUAUGGACACAAGUUACACCCACUUUCUCCCAGGCUGCUCCUCGUCCUCCUCCAGCAACGUUUUCAACUCCGGACUCGUUUGUGUUUUUUUUCAAGGAUGUCUUUGAGUGAGAAAAGUAAUGAGGAGAUCAGCAAGUUGCUUGCUGAAUAUGGCAUCAAACAUGGACCCAUAGUCGACUCUACUCGAAAGCUGUACGAGAAGAAGCUGGAAAAGGCGAUGAAGAGCGCUCCGGUGGAACGCUCGCCUGAUAAGACCUUCUACAGAGAGGAAGCGGAAGAAAUAACCUACAUCACAUACCGCCAGCCCAGUCCGGUUCAAGCGGUGUAUUCGGACACGCUGAAACGAAGAGGCAACGUUGAGCCAGAUGAAGACAAGGAGUCUGACCGAGACACAGAGCCCCCCAUCCAGAGCAGUAACCGAGCAGCCAAUCACAGCACAGUACGAUCCGGGGAGCUGGUCAGAAAGCCUGGAGGCGGCGUGUGGAAGGUGAUCCGGCUGCUGCUGCUGCUAGCCGUGUUAGCAGCUUUCCUCUACUACUCCUACUGCCGUCUCAACGGUAACGAAAACCCAUUUGCGAUUCAAUAAUCUGACUCAUUGUUAGGAUGUCAGGGUUUUUUCUCUCCCUCAUUUCAACACAAAGAUCUUAUAAACCUUUUAAAUUCUGCCAGUUUUCUAUAUGUCCUCAUGUCACCGAAUCAGUAAAAUGAACAAAGCCAGACACAUUAUAGGUUGUGUAUCCAA